AUGUCUGCGCCAUAUUGGGGUGCAUUGCCCCAGCCCAAGGGCGUCCAAAGCCGACGAGUCUCGGCAGACUACACUAAUGAAUUCUCGCAAAACGACCAGCGACGCUCGCUAGACGUCCAGCCGCAACGCAAGGCGAACCGUGCCUCAAUCCAGACAACUUACACCGAGGCUCCCACCGACACAACUUUCAGUCCCAACUCCCCGACGUCGGCAGCUGAGUACCAAGGUCUGGCUCCCAGACCGGCAUCAUAUCGUGGAUUCGGGUUUCCUCAAGAGCAAACGUACGAAGGAUACGACAGGCAAGAUCGACGGUCAAAUCGCAUCCCCGACGAGUUCGGUGCCGCCUCUCCAGCUCCCUCUGCCACGGAUACUAUAAUUCGAGGGCCACCUACAAACUACCGCGAUCCUUACGCAAACGAAUCUCAGCGAGACGUACCACUGCUGUUUGGCGAUAAUGUGCCUACCCGCACAGAUAGUACUGCGUCUAUUCAGCUCCAAAGAAGCGCAACAACGGGGCAGGGCGAACGGCGCAAAAAGUUAACAGACAAUCGAUCACCCCUCCAGAGGCUUGAGCUGACGCUCGACAGCAUGACCAAAGAGGAGAAGAGGGCAAGAGUGGAAGUUGCAGAACAGCGAGCCAGAGCGAGGGCUGCGAAGAAGGCUGCCGCUGAGUCUGGGGAAAGCCGUCCUCAAACCCUCGACUAUCAGUCCUCGCCCUCGGCUCCCAGCCGACGCCAACAACAACCCCCGGCGGCGAUUGAGCCAAUCAGCCCAGUUCCUCAGAGAACAACGCCCCAGCGAGAUGCUGUCCCUCCCAAAGAUUCGGGCAUGCAACCGAUAUCACCCCCACGACGAGUGGCCGAAGACCAAUACUACCGUCAGAACCAGGAUCAGGCCCCCCGUCAGCCUAGACAACUACCGCAGCCACCGGUGCGUGAGGAGCGCCAACCGAGGCAAUUACCUCAACCGCCUGUACGUGAGGAUCCUCAACCAAGACAAUUGCCUCAACCACCCAUACGCGAUGAGCAGCGCAGAUAUUAUCCACAGGAAGCUCCCCGGCCCGAUGAUCAACGCCGAUACGUUAGCCAAGAGUCUCCUCAGCGGCCUCGGGCCAGCAUGGACCAGAGACAAUUUGUUCCAGAGGCCGAUGCUCCUAAGCGCAAUCUCAGCUUCCGCGAACGCGAUGUUUGGCGUGAAGCGAAGCCCCUUGACGCAGAUGUGAACCAGCCCACAAAGGAAUCCAGCGGCUUUUCCUUGACGCGCAGUGGAAGCAACAAGUUAAGAAAGGAUCCCCCAGCAGAUGUCUGGCACCGGAUACGCGUCGAAGCAGAGCGACGAUUGCCACCGGGGGCACAGCCUGACCAGGCUCAAUACAAAGACUCGACCCAGUCUCCCAAGGCCGCAGCAGGGACAGCACCGCUACCACAAGAACGUAACAGAGAGCCGGCCCCGUUACCUCUUGCGGCAAACAAUGGAACGAAUGCCCGGCCAGAAACAAAGAGGCCUUCCCAGUCUGCUACCGAGGCCGAGAUCCAGGCUAUGCAACGGCGGGCUACUGAGCCCAUCUAUGCCCGGGAAGAGAAGGGGCUUAACGCCGAUUAUGCCCCCGCGGCUGCCAUUGGCAGGAUCAUUUACGAGGCGAGUCAAAAAGCCCGAGGACGCUUUCCACAAUCGAGCCCAGCAGCAAAGAGCUUGGAAGAUCAGACGGGCCACGAUCUAAUAGAGGACGCACAGGAGCCCCAGGAACCCCAGGAGCCACAGAUUCCGCAUAUGCCACAGGAUUCGAGGGCAAUGCGAAUGCCACAGGAACCACAAAUGCCAUACAUGCCACAGGAACAGAGGGCAGUGCGAAUGCCACAGGAACCACAAGUGCCAUACGUGCCACAAGAGCAGAGGGCCAUGCGAAUGCCACAGGAACCACAAGUGCCAUACGUGCCACAGGAACAGAGGGCCAUGCGAAUGCCACAAGAGCCGCAAAUGCCACAAACGCAAAUGCCACACAUGCCACAGGAACAGAGGGCAACGAGAAUGCCACAAGAGCCGCAAAUAUCACAGCCACAAAUGCUACAGCCGCAAAUGCCACGCAUGCCACAGGAACAGAGGGCAAUCAGAAUGCCACAAGAGCCCCAAAUGCUACAGCCACCAAUGCCAAUGCCACACAUGUCACAGGAGUCACAAGAGCUAGAGGAGCAUCACGAAUCAAGAUUGGUAUUCAAGAACCCAGCAGAGAUGCACCCUGGCGAUGGCCUCUACAGUUCUCCUCAGUGGUUAGAUGAAUGGAAGAAGGGUACCGUCGGUACUCUAUCCGGCAAUCUUCUCGACCUCAAUGGCGGUAUUUCUGCUGGAUCAGUAGAGAAGAUCGGCGCUUGGGGGGACAGGGAGCAAGGAGGCCAUCACAGAAGAAACGCCAGCAUGACGACGAGGCCGCGCAAGGCCGAAGCGUUUGAUGGUGAAUAUGACAAUACGAAUGGCGCACCCACUCGAUUCAAACCAGCCUUGUAUCUCAAAUGCGGCCCGCUCCUGAGAUACUGCGGCAUGCGCCACGAACAAGCUCUACCAAGGCCUCGGGGUGCAAAUGCUGCUCAAGAUCGUGAGAUUUGGAGGGGAAGCGUCAUGAUUGUCACCAAUGAUGCAGAAUCAUCCUAUGAAAUUGCACCGACGCUUCGGCUCUUUGUACAGGAUGUUGAAUUGUUACCUCCACCUCCACACCAGGUCGACGGCGAACUCUCACCUGAGUAUGUGGAUCCCAUCGCUGGGCAUCCCAAACUUGGUCGCCGUGGUGAGACACUAUAUGUUCGGCCUGUGGACCACCUUGAAGAGGGUAGAGAUUUGUCACAUGUCGAGUCUGAGGAUGGCUUGUUUGAGAGUACAAGGAGUCCGCCAGAUGAGCCUUUGCCGCAAGGGCUCAACGACUAUCCUGGAUCUUUCGCUAGCCGCCGAGGACGGGUAGAUAUCGACGGGGAGAAGAUGCAAAAGUACAAGGACGUGAGGGGCUUCCGUCUUCAUGCCGAACGAGGCUGUACGUUCUGGCGGUUCAACAUUGAAGUUGAGCUUCGGGAACUGCAGCAGCGAAUCGCAUACCGCAUUAACCGUGGCCCAGCCAUGGCUUUCUGGGUUCCCGCACGUGGGCAAACAAUGAACAUGAUGUUUUAUACUUGCAACGGUUUCAGUCUUACCGUCAAUUCUAAUGAGAUGAGCGGACCUGACCCCAUGUGGCGCGAUGUGUUGAACGCGCAUCAGACACAGCCAUUCCAUGCCAUGAUUGGCGGAGGGGACCAGAUUUACAACGACUGCGUCGCCUACGACAGUCCCCUCUUUGACGAAUGGCUGCAGAUUAACGUUGCAGAGAAGAAACUGAACGCAGCCUUCACGCCUGAGUUGCAGGCCGAGCUGGAGUCUUUCUACUUGGAGCGAUAUUGCACCUGGUUUUCACAAGGCCUGUUCGGAUUGGCUACCUCGCAAAUCCCCAUGGUCAACAUGUAUGAUGACCAUGACAUUUUCGACGGAUACGGCUCCUACUCUCACCCGGACAUGAGCUCACCUGUAUUCUCUGGGCUGGGGCGUGUGGGGUUCAAAUACUACAUGCUCUUCCAACAUCAAAGCAUUGUGACCGAGACGGAAGCUUCUGAACCAAGCUGGAUCUUGGGUGAGCAGCCGGGCCCCUACAUCCAAGAGGUUAGCCACAGUCUGUAUAUGUCGAUGGGUGGAAAGGUUGCCUUACUUGCUGUCGACGCUCGCACCGAAAGAACCGAAGACACGGUCUUGGAUGAGAAGACGUGGGAGAAAAUUACAAGCAGGAUGUACGCAGAGAUCAGACGGGGACAAGUGGAGCACCUACUUGUGCUCUUGGGUGUCCCUAUUGCCUAUCCCCGUCUGGUAUGGCUGGAGAAUAUAUUGACCUCGAAAUUGAUGACUCCGGUCAAAGCGCUUGGCAGGACAGGAGUGCUUGGUAAACAUAUGAACAAUAUUGACGGCGGCUAUGAGAUUCUGGAUGAUCUCAAUGACCACUGGACAGCCAAGAAUCAUAAAAAGGAACGCACAAUCAUCAUCGAGGAUUUGCAAGAUUUGGCUAUCGACCGAUCUGUUCGAAUCACCAUCUUGAGUGGCGAUGUUCACCUUGGUGCCAUUGGCCAGUUUUAUUCCAACCCCAAGCUGGGCCUACCGAAGCACAAGGACCCUAGGUACAUGCCCAAUAUUGUGUCUUCUGCUAUCGUCAAUCGCCCGCCCCCGGACAUUGUUGCCGACAUGCUCAACAAGCGCAACAAGGUCCAUCACUUUGACAAGCAGACAGAUGAAUGCAUGAUUCCGAUUUUCCAAAAUGGCGUCGAUGGCAAGCCGAGGAACAACAAGAAUCUCCUGCCUCAUCGCAACUGGUGCUCUAUUCGCAUGUGGACCCCAGGCAGCACGCCGCCACCCACGCCACCCAUGUCUGACCGAGGAAGAAGUCGAAGCCCAGGAGGAGGUGGAAGUUUGCUCCGAAGACUGUCCUCUAGGCGACGAAAGUCUACUUCGCAACAACCCUUUGAUGUUUCACGAGAAUCUGUGCGUGGACCUCGGCCUCCUAUUUCCGGAGGAGGUGGCCUCUUCAAGAACUUUUCUCGACGAAACUCGGUGGAUCAACAACGUCCCGGAGGUGGAGUGACUCGAACAAUGUCGCUUGGUCGCGGAGAGGCGGCGCAGCAAAGGGCUGACAUGACAUACCACGGACACUAUGGUAGCCAGGGUCAAUUCGAGGAAAACAAUAUGAGUGGUCAAUGGAGCGGCGAGUUUGAUGGCGGAUACAUAGACCACCGAGCCCAGGGCCAACAACCACGCCCUUCGGGCCUCCGUGGAGGUGGUGGUAGUGAUUACGAUGAGUUCUCGGCGGGCGAUGAGGCCCAAUUCAUGGCGCAAACGCCUCGACGAGCGCAGACCGUCAACUACCACGCCGGCCCUGCUGGCGGUUACGAAGUGGAUGACCCAUCGGUGCCUCGCCCUUUCCAUCGAACACCUACCGGGCUGUCAACAAAAGAGAUGAAACAAGCCGACAAGCACGAGGUUAACCUGGAGGGAGGCCUGGACAUCUCUCUGAACAUGGAGGUUAGCCCUAAAGACCCCACAGGCAUUACCGUCCCAUACCGAAUUUUGGUGCCCAAACUGUUUUAUGAAUAUUCGUCCAAGGACGACCUGUUCCAAGCGGCGGAGCCAACUGGCAUCAAGAGGUUCCUUAGUUUUAAAAAGAAACCCAAGGCUCCUUCCGCAGAGCUUGAAGGAGAGCCAACGGAAGAGAUGGGUAACGAUGACAGUGAAAUGUAUGACGAUAGAUACUAG